AUGAUUCAGACCAAGACUUGGUCUAGCAUAUUUCUUGUCCUUGGGGCCAUAUUUGAACUAUCAGGAUACAUUACUCGAUUGAUUUCGACACAAGAUGUUUGCAACCGUGCAGCAUACGUCUGCAUGAUACACACGAGUUUUGUCAAAGCCUUGGAUGCGGGAAAUCUUUGUUUCAUCAGAUUGAAAUGGCAACAGCCCCUCUAUUUGAGCAUCAAUGCCAUUCUGAUCUCUUUGCAAACUAUUGGAGGCAUCAUGACUGUUGCGUCUACCUCAGAGACGACGGUCGCCACAGGAAGCAAAAUGACAAUCGCCAUCUACGUUGUCCAGACUUUAUUCUGGGGAUUUCUAUUUGCGGAGAACAUCUGCAUGGCAAUCCGGCUUCAGCGUCAGGGGUCGAGUUCCUGCGAAGAUUCGGUUGCCAAUUGGAAGACGUGGAAUCAACUCUUUGGCCUCGCAAUUAGCAUCAUUGCCCUUGGCCGCAAUAUCAUGCGCUUGACUAUGGCUGGUGGGAUUGCCUUUCUUGUUGAUAAUGAAUGGCCAUAUUACGCCUUUGACGGGUAUCAGAUGGUGGUGGUUUUGGGUGCUUGGGCAAUUUGGUAUUUGCCGGAGAAAUGUCAAGAUAUUCAUGAAAAACGGAACUACAGGAGCCUCAUCAGGCUAGAGACUAUUGGAAGUAAUCCUGAAUAG